UUAGUUCAUAUUGACAGAAAAGGAGAUAAUAUACAUAGAGUUUUUAAAUGAAACCUAAAUUGAGUCAUGGUUUAUUGUGCAUGUACAUAGUUAACUACAUGCUAAUAUUACUCAGCAUGUAAGUAAUACACAAAAAUGCAUGCGUUAACAUAUCAAUUAAUUAUUAAGCUCUAAAUAAUUAAUUCAUUAUGUGAAUUAAAACUAUAAAUGGAAUGUUUCUGAAGACAUACCAAAACCUUCGCAGGCUUAUCUCCUCACUCAGGUCAGUCUGUAUUUGUGCCUCAGUGGUUAAGCGCACAUUCUUUGAUAUAAGACUUGAAACGGUUGAUAUUAACCAAGGUUAAGGUCUGAGGUUUUCAGCAGAUAAAUGUGCUUUGGAGACUAAAUCAGCAGCUGUGGCUUCUAUCAGCAAACUCAAAAGAAAUAAAGUCUGGCCUUGUGAGAGAGUCUGCCUGUUCUGACCUACAAUGAUUUCUGUAUGGCCUUUUAACAGCUCCGACCAAGGGGUGUUAAAGGAAUCAGUAAUGACCAGAUUACAAUUCUGUUUGAUCCACCAGUAACAGUGUGUAUACGUCUCAAAUAAUGCAAGUAUACCUGCAGAGAUUUGCCCCCUGUGAAUCUUAAUAGAUUGUUUUCUUGUUCGUCUCCUCACAGAGAAAGCAGGACAACUGGCAACUGAAAUGGGCGAAUGGGAUCUGCUGGGCCGCUUGCUGGAUAAAGUACAGAGCCACUCCACGGUGAUCGGCAAGGUCUGGCUCACAGUGCUGUUUGUCUUCCGCAUCCUCGUCCUGCACGCUGGCGCUGAGAAGGUUUGGGGCGAUGAGCAGUCUGACUUUGUCUGCAACACUCAACAGCCCGGUUGUGAGAACGUCUGCUAUGACCUCGCCUUCCCCAUUUCUCAUGUGCGCUUUUGGGUCCUUCAGAUUAUUGCUGUGGCAACCCCAAAGCUGCUAUACCUUGGCCAUGUCCUCCAUGUGAUCCACAUUGAGAAGAAGAUGAAGGAGAGGAUGAAGAAACAGGCUGAGUUGGAUGACCAGGCCAGCCUCUUCCUGAGGAGGGCCUACAAAGUCCCCAAGUACACAAAGAGCACUGGCAAGAUCAGCAUCCGAGGCCAACUCCUCCGCAGUUAUGUCCUCCAUCUUGUGGUGAAGAUUAUCCUGGAGGUUGUGUUCAUUGUGGGUCAGUACUUUCUUUACGGCUUCACCCUCCAGACCCGCUACGUCUGCACCCGCUUCCCUUGCCCUCACAAGGUGGACUGCUUCCUGUCCAGGCCUACAGAGAAGUCGAUCAUCAUUUGGUUCAUGCUGGUGGCGGCGUUUGUCUCCCUCGUCCUCAGCCUGGUUGAGCUGUUCUACCUGUGCGUGAAAGCUGUGAAGGAGUGCAUGGCGAGGAGGCAGGAUUACACCGUGACCCCGGUGACGCCUCCACCUUUGGAAAGGAAAGCUUUUAAAAGCCGCGAUGAGAUGCUCCAGAAUUGUGUCAACCUGGAGCUGGAGCUCCAAGGACGAAAGUUGGGGGUGAACGGGGUCACUGACACUGCUAAGAAUGUAUCACCUGAAAGCAACAGCAUGGGGGCAGAGAUCCGCAUCUGACACAUGGAGGCAGUGAUAAGUUGUACGUGUCCAAUUCUCCUGAGUUUCAGUGUGUGUAUUGGCUUUGGGGAGGA